UGUCGUAAAAGAAAAAGACAAUCAUAUACGCUCCCAAGUCCUUCCAAUUACAAGACAGAUUCCCCAUCCCCACCACACACAUAAAUACAUUCCUUUACGAAACAAAUCAGUGGCAUCUUUGCAAUUUCACCACAAAAACGAUGUCAAAUCUAUUCAUUCAAAUUUAAAACACAACACUUGAACUAAACAAUGAUAACAACCUGUCUACUUCACACGUGCGACAUCAACCAUUUUGAAAAGUAGUAUCCAACCACACAUAACACGUGGCACUUCUUCCAAGUCAUCACCACCUAGUAACAUACAAUACAUAACAAAUAAUAAUAAAAAAACCUUUAGCAUUUUCAAAUUUUAACCAAUCCCAACGGUAACGUCUCUGUCUUAACAACAAUCUCAACCGUUCGAUCAAAGAAUCAGCUCUAUCUUUAACCCUUCACUCCCAAAACUGACACUAGCUUCCAUUUUAAAGAGAGAGUGAAAAAGUUUGAAUUUUUGAAUAAUGGGUGUGAACGGUUUUGUUGAUAUUUGUGUUGUGUCAUCUUGUGUAGUUUAAGCUUUUUCAGUUCUUGGUUUUAAAUUUGGAUGUACCCUUUUGUUGUUUGAUUCUCAAUUAUGAUAUAGAAGCCGUUUCUGAUUCUCAUAAAUUGAACGUUACGGUUUUGGUGUAAAAUCCAGCUGUUUAUUUGAUUGAUGAGUUUUGAAGCAUUGCAUUUGUUUUAAGACUCAAUGUGUUAUAAGCUGAGUUUUUUAAGCAAAGUUUUGGAUGGUUGGUGAAGUUCUCUCUAAAAUAAUUUUCUUUUCUGUAUUUUUACACACACUAUUGGAUUUAUGAUUCUGUUUUUGUGAGUGUGACAUUGUGUUUCAAGUUUGAAGAUUAAGCUUCAGAAGCUUGUUUUCUUAGUUACUCAUUCUUAAAGAAACAGUGAAAGCAACCUUGGUUAUAUCUCAACAAGAUCAAUUAUUUGAACAUUGAACAAGUCAAGUUUGUUUGAGCUUUUGUGAUCAUCAUUUUUUCAACCAUGGUGGAAGAAAGUGUUGUUGCUGUUGAAAUUGUUGAUGCAUGUUCAACAGAAGAAUGGUUGUUACACUCACAACAACUUGUUCCUAUUGCUCUUACUAAAUCAAAACAAGUACAAGGGUUCCAAGGUAGGUGGAAAAUGAUCAUUACAAAAUUGGAACAAGUUCCAUCAAAGUUAUCAGAUUUAUCUAGCCACCCUUGUUUUUCAAAGAAUGCUCUUUGCAAGGAACAAUUGCAGGCUGUGUCAAGAACACUAAGAGAAGCAAUUGAAUUAGCUGAGUUGUGUUUGAAGGAAAAGUAUGAAGGUAAAUUAAGAAUGCAAAGUGAUCUUGAUGCAUUAAUUUGCAAACUUGAUUUGAAUUUAAAGGAUUGUAGUUUGUUAACAAAAACUGGUGUACUUGGUGAAGCUACUUUACCAUUCAAUGUUUCUUUAGCUGAAUCAGAUAUUGCAACACAUAGCAAUAUAAAGGAACUACUUGCGCGCCUUCAAAUCGGUCAUUUGGAAGCGAAAAACAAAGCUUUAGAGAAAUUACAUGAUGUUAUGAAAGAAGAUGAGAAGAAUGUUUUAGCUGUUUUUGGUAGGAGUAAUGUUUCUGCUUUGGUUCAGUUACUUACAGCAACAUCUCCAAGGAUAAGGGAGAAAACAGUUUGUAUUAUAAGCUCACUCAUCGAAUCGGGUAGCUGCGAAAAUUGGUUAGUUUCUGAAGGCGUUCUGCCACCUCUUAUAAGACUAAUUGAAUCAGGUAGUUCUGUUGGUAAAGAGAAAGCUAUUGUUUCUCUUCAGAAGCUUUCGAUGUCGGAAGACACGACUCGUGCAAUCAUAGGACAUGGAGGGGUUCGUCCAUUGAUCGAGCUUUGUGAAAGUGGCGAUUCUGUUUUGCAGGCUGCAGCAGCUUGUACUUUGAAGAACAUUUCAGCUGUUCCUGAAGUGAGACAGGUUUUGGCUGAAGAAGGUAUUGUCAAAGUUAUGAUCAAUCUUCUUAACUAUGGAAUUUUGUUGGGUACUAAAGAGUAUGCUGCUGAGUGUUUGCAGAAUCUCACUGCAAGCAAUGAGAAUAUGAGAAAGUCUGUUAUAUCAGAAGGCGGCGUUCGCAGUCUUUUGGCUUACCUCGAUGGUCCGCUUCCUCAAGAAUCAGCAGUCGGAUCAUUGAGGAACCUUGUUGGAUCAGUUUCCGAGGAAACUUUGGUUUCGCUUGGAUUGCUUCCUUGUUUGGUUCAUAUUUUGAAGUUUGGAUCAUUAGGCGCUCAACAAGGCGCCGCAUCUGUUAUAUGCAAAAUUUGCAGCUCAAUGGAGAUGAAGAAAAUGUUAGGUGAAGUUGGUUGCAUACCUCUAUUGAUCAACAUGCUUGGGGCUAAAGUAAACAAUGCUAGGUUGCUUGCAGCUCAAGCAAUUGUGAGUUUAAUGGUUUUGCCGCAAAAUCGAAGGGAGAUUAAGAAGGACGAUAAAAGCGUCCCGAAUAUGGUUCAGUUGCUUGAUCCAAGUCCACAGAAUACUGCGAAAAAAUACGCAGUUUCUUGCCUUGGAUCACUUUCUUCUUGUAAGAAAUGUAAGAAGUUGAUGAUUUCAUAUGGAGCUAUAGGGUAUUUGAAGAAGCUUGUUGAGAUGGAGAUUCCAGGAGCUAAAAAGUUACUUGAGAGAUUGGAAAGAGGGAAAUUGAGAAGCUUGUUUAGUAGAAAAUAGAGGAAAAUUUCCAUGUGUUUGCAACUGUUCUUUUGGGUAUCAUUAUUAAGCUUUUUCUUUAUCACUUUUGUUCUUGUCAAUGUUGUUUCAUUGUCUGAAUGAAACAAAUGUAUAACUGUAGAAUGCAAAAGAAACAAUUUGUUAAACCA